CUAGUUUUUUACAUCCACAAAAUAAAGUUAGAGGAAGGGGUCGCUCAAAAAAUUCGAAGUUUUUUUUUGAUGACAUGGCAAAGGGAAAUCAUUCCCAUCUCGGCGAAAACAUGAGAAACGUACAUUUCAGAUCGCGGACUUUUGUUCUUAUAGGAUUAGCGUUGGCGGGUUUUGCCAUCUUCAGUUACUGGGGACUUUCAACUCAAAAUAGCGACCUGCAAGUCAAAAUUGAACGACUCGAGGACAACCUCAACAUUGGUACUCGAAAGCAAAGGGAUCUUGAGGAUGAGCUACAGGCCAUGGUGAAAAAAGCCAACGAUCUGCAGAAAGCAAAUGCAAAGCUACAAUCUGAACUGCAACAGAAAGAGAACCUUAUAUCAGCUCAAGGUGUGGAAGGGUCCCAAUGGCGGGACAAAGUACGAAAUGCAGAAGCAGAAGUUGAAAAGUUCAAAACAGAUAUAGCAGACAAAUUGAAAAAGUUGCAAGAUUUGCAAAAGCAGGUUGCUACCUACUCACAAGAUAUUUCACUCAAGGAAUCAAAAUUAAGUGAAGCACAAGACCUUAUUAAAAAGUUGCAAGCUGAUCCUCAUAGUGUGCACAACAUAACCAGCCUCCUUUCAAAUCUAAAAAUUGCAAGCAGUAGCUCAGCAGCCCCUCCCGCCGAUCCUAGUCUCGUUCUGGCGAAACCCAACAGCGAAAAGGACGACGACGACGAUAAGAAACUUGAAAAACGGCAAGAAAAUGAACCAGUAGUCGGAAGACCGCAGAUUGAAGAGAAUGCUGUAGCUGUCAAACCUGAAGAAGAAUUAGAACUGGUUGAUCCCAAGGAGAACGUGGUGGAACAUCCAGAAGCAGAGAACGACGAGACCAAAUUCAAGGAAAUUCGAGAAGAAAUGGACAUUGGCGAACUAGAUAAGAACAUUGCGAAUGCAGCCGAAAGUUCCAAGGAGGUCAAUGACAACGUAAUCAACGAACCGAAUCUUAUCAAUUCUCAAGGUGAAAACCUUGAUGAAGAACCCCAACUUUUAGAUACCAACCCGCGGUUCCGCAACUUCAAAGCUCGAGUCAUGAACAAGAAAGCCGACGACGACAACAAUUUACCUGAAGAUCAAGAAAUCGAAAACGAGCACGAAGACGACCGAGUGGACAAUAAAUAAGUUGCAGUGCCAAUAUUUUUGUUAGCAUUUGUUACAGAGAUUUCGUCAUUUUUUGUCAUGUCAUUUUUUCCCAAAAUGAUCUUUUUUAAAAACUGAAUGUACUACUGAAUGUAUUUCAAUCUCUUCCACUCUGCUGGUAUGCUUCCACAAAUACUGAUUCUGUGUUUCGGUAAAUUUCUUGUGAAUCUAACAUUAUCAUGCCUUAGAUAUAUAACGACAGCUAUUUUCGAUUCUGAUAAGUUAGGCUGUCGGUUAUUAUGUUUUGAUUAUGUUAAUUACGAUACUCUUUUUUUCUGUUAUCUUUCGUCACAUCCGUGCGCUGAAUCCAUCAAGUCGCAUGACAUACGCUCACACGUUAUCCUCAUACCAUUAUAUAUUGAGUCUGUUUUGUGUAUUCAUAUUUCAGUCUGGUUAAUAUAUUGAUAAUCCUUA